CCCAGCCAAGAUUUUGGGAAGGCGAAGGCCAAGGAAAGCGCAGUGCACAACAACUGCAAGACUGGGAGAGGGCGAGAGAGGGUCAGCCUCCUCUUCUCCACCACCUACUCUCUUCUCUCCCUCCCUCCCUUCCCCCUUCUCUCUAGGAUCGCAGCGCAGAGCCAGCCAAUCAAGCGCCCACAGCACGCGCACAUCUCAACCAAGAGCGCGAGCGGAGGAGGAAGAUAGAGCAAGGGGGCGGGGUAGAAAGAGGCAGAGAGAAGGCACUUCUCUCCAGCAGUGAGCAGUGCCCCUCUGUUCUUGGCCCUCCUCUGCCAUGUCUAUAGACGAGGGCUAUGGCCCUACCUGGGACAGCGACGACGAAUACGACAACUUCAUACGCAAGAUGAACCCGCCAAGUAUCGUGGUCGAUAACGAUUCCUGCAAUGACGCCACGAUUGUCAGGGUUGACAGCGCAAAUGAGUAUGGGAUUCUGCUAGAAGUGAUUCAAGUCCUGAUUGAUCUGAAUCUUGUGAUAAGCAAGGCUUAUAUAACCUCAGAUGGUGGAUGGUUCAUGGAUGUCUUCAAUAUAACCGAUAAGGAAGGGAAAAAAUUGAAAGACAAGGCCACUCUUGCGCAAAUUGAGGACUACAUCAGGAAGUCCCUGGGUGCAGAUUCAAGAUAUUUACCUGCUCGACGGAGAUCAGUUGAUGUCGCUGCUUCAGCUAACCACAAUGUCAUCGAGCUGACAGGGACCGACCGACCAGGUCUUCUCUCUGAAGUCAGUGCGGUGCUUGCAAACCUCAAAUGCAAUGUGGUUAGUGCGGAGAUUUGGACCCAUAACACCAGAGCUGCAGCCGUGAUGCAAGUGACUGAUCAGGACACUGGGUUAGCCGUCACCGAUACCGAGAGGCUUGAAAGGAUCAAGGAGCGACUAUCUUACCUUCUCCGAGGAGGCAAUCUUUCUCGAGGAGCUGCCAUGGCAGUGUCAUCAGGGACUUCUACCACACAUACCGAGAGAAGGCUCCACCAGAUGAUGCUUGAUGACGGGGACUGUGAACAGCUUCAACGGCAUGCCUCAAAUCAAUCUCAAAGGCCUAAUGUCACUGUUCGGAAUUGGAAUGACAAGGAUUACUCAGUGGUGACCAUCCGGUGCAAGGACAGGCCGAAGCUUCUGUUUGAUACAGUUUGCACCUUGACAGACCUGCACUAUGUUGUGUUCCAUGCGAAUAUUGAUGCUAAUGAUAAUCAAGCUUACCAGGAAUUCUAUGUAAGGCAUGUAAAUGGAUCUCCAAUGAACACUGAAGCUGAAAGAUUGAGAGUCGUCCAGUGCCUUGAAGCUGCUAUUGAACGUAGGGUAUGGGAGGGAAUGAAACUUGAGCUGUGUACAAAUGACAAGGUCGGCCUCCUCUCGGAGGUGACCCGCAUCUUCCGCGAGAACAGCCUGACUGUCACAAGAGCAGAAGUGAGCACCAGAGGCAGGACGGCUGUCAACACAUUCUAUGUUUGUGGUUCUGCGGGAGAGGCAGUUGAUCAAAAGACCAUUGAUUCCAUCAGGCAAGAGAUAGGCCAUAACAUUCAGGUGAAAGGCCAGCCUGAACCAUCAGAACCUCAGAAGAAAGAGUCCCCAACAUGGUUCCUCUUCGCAAACUUGUUCCGGCCAAGGUCUCUCUACAGUCUUGGGAUGUUCAUGCGUUGAUGUCAUCAACCAAUUCCAAGAACUUGUCCGUGAAAUCUUAACUGCUGAAGCGGUCCAGAAAAGUUGGGGCAUGCAUUCAGUUCCAGUAGUGUGGGAUUAGGGUGCAGUAUAUGGGGUUAUCUUUAGAUAAUCAUCUGUAAAUAUAUUUGUGCAUAUAACGUAGAUAAAGGAUGUAAAUAUAACUUUAGGAGAUAUUACUUAUGAGGAAAUAUGAUCAAAUUCAAAACUGUUACUGC